CGUAUAUACGGUACAUUUGUUUUCAACCCACUAACUGUAAGGCAUUCAAAACGAUCGGUUAUUGACUCAGUCCAUUGACAAAGGAAAGUAGAACUGAAAGACAUAAGCGAACCACAGUUGUUUGUCGGCCGGCAUGGGCGGGCACAGAAGAUCUACUGCGACAAUGCCACCAAUUUUGUCGGUGCCUCUCGGAUGCUUCAAGAGUUCAAGGAUCACUUCUUUACCAACAAGGAUGCCAUAAUGGAAUUUGCUGCCACCCGAGGAAUCACUUUUUCGUUCAUUCCGCCCCGAGCGCCGCAUUUCGGCGGCCUCUGGGAGGCGGCCGUAAAAUCGGCCAAAGGAUUAAUGAUCAAGGCCGUGGGAAGUGCAGUGCUCCGGCAGGACGAACUGAACACCGUGCUGGUGGAGGUAGAAGCCAUUCUAAAUUCAAGGCCCAUGGUCGUGGACAGCUCCAACCCCAACGAUGGCGAAGCAGUUACCCCAGCCCAUCUGUUGGUCGGGACAACGCUCGUUGCGCUGCCAUUCGUGUUCAGUCAGCCAGUAACAGACGACAAACUGAGCUACUUAAAGAGAUGGCAACUGAUAUCCGCCAUCAAGCAACGGUUUUGGGUAGAUUGGCAACGCGAUUACGUCCUGAGUCUACAGCAGCGGCAGAAGUGGCUGAGCGAGAGCCACAACAUCGAAAUCGGAACUAUCGUCGUGGUCCACGAGGACAACAGUCCGCCGCAGCAGUGGCUGCUAGGAAUCAUCGAGGAGGUGAUCAAAGGCUCGGAUGGAAAGGUUCGAGUGGAAGUCGUCAGAACUAAAUCUGGCGUGUAUAAGCGUUCUAUUCAUCGGUUAGCUCCUUUACCAAUUGAGGAAUCUUGAAGCCCUGCAGCCGUUCAACGCGGCCGAUGUUUAGUCAUUUCAUUUCAUGUUUAGAUAUAUUCAAUAACAACUUAAAUAAUUGCUCAUAUAGUUGCAUACAUUUUUAUAAAUACGCUUAAGCUUAAGUUUACUUUGUUUACUCUUGAAUUACUACUCUUAAGGAACAUAUCUACAUAUGUAAAUUUACUCUGUGGACUUUUGAAUUGCUACUCUUAAGGUACAUAUGUAUGUACAAAUUGCGCUCUUUAAUUGUUACGCUCACUUUGUCACACAUACUGGAAUUUGCAUGCUUACACAUAAACGCGCAAUUAUGCGAGCGCAUUAGUUCUAAAGCCAAAUGAAUUGGAAAUUAAAGGGCACUUGAGAAGAACAACUGAACCAUAACGCAUCAACUUUAUUGUCUGUCCCGUCCGUCUAAGCGAGUUGGCCUACCGUUAGUAUUCAACUUGGACCUUUAGUUGCUUGUGGCACAGGACCACUUUAGAAGGACGUUCCCGUUUUGGACAUCCAUUUUUUGGCGCCACCGGGUGGACCCACUCCAGACUUGGCGCCCCCGGGUGGACCCUUUCCAGACGACUCUUUGGGACAUCAGCAAGUUGGCCACAACUUCGGCAUUUUAUUGGAUUUUCAAUUUCCAAUCUCAUCUUGCGAGUUGGAACAUAUGGAUUUUACUCUGACCAGGAGUGCACAGGUAACGAGUGAAAGUGAAU